AUGUUCAGAGGAAUCUACAGGGGAACUCAAAAACAUCAAGAUGACCUUUUGGAUGUGGUAGAGAGAGCGGUCAAAGUUGGCGUUAAAAAGUUUUUGAUUACAGGUGGAAGUCUACAAGACAGUAAAGAUGCGUUGCAGCUGGCACAGACAAAUGACAUGUUUUACAGUACAGUUGGCUGUCAUCCUACCCGCUGUGGAGAAUUUGAGCAGAGCAGCCCUGAACAAUAUUUAUCUGAAUUAAAAAAUCUGAUUGAAAGAAAUAAGACAAAGGUAAUAGCAGUUGGAGAAUGUGGCUUAGAUUUUGAUAGAUUAGAAUUUUGCCCAAAGGACAUCCAACUCAAGUAUUUUGAAAAACAGUUUGACCUGUCAGAACAGACACAACUGCCCAUGUUUCUCCACUGUAGAAACUCACAUACUGAAUUUUUAGACAUAAUGAGAAGAAACAGAGAUAGAUUCGUAGGAGGAGUGGUACAUUCUUUUGAUGGCACAAAGGAAGAAGCAGCAGCAAUAAUAGAUUUGGAUCUUUAUAUUGGAAUAAAUGGCUGUUCACUGAAAACAGAAGCCAACUUGGAAACACUGAAAUCAAUUCCUAGUGAACGAUUAAUGAUAGAGACCGAUGCCCCUUGGUGUGGAGUGAAAAAUACUCACGCUGGAUCAAAAUACAUUAAAACUACAUUUCCUACAAAAAAGAAAUGGGAAAUAGGGCACUGCUUGAAGGACAGGAAUGAACCCUGCCAUAUAAUUCAAAUACUGGAAAUAAUGGCAGCAGUAAGAGAAGAUGACCGACUCGAGCUGGCCAACACUCUAUAUAACAACACUAUUAAAGUCUUCUUUCCAAAUAUGUAGUUGUUUUUCUUACAUUUAUUCAGCAUAACUUCAGUAAAUGUUAUUGCAAAAUCUCAAAAAUUACCAUAUCUGCAAGUUCUUAUCAAUGGAAGCCGGUAUGUAGUGACGCUUUUUUUUUAAAUGGUACAAGAUUAAAGCUGCUUUUGAAAAGGUG